AUGCUACAUGAACAACAACAACAACAACAACCACUUAGACAUAACUAUAUACAAGAACUAUACUUUAGUGAUAGUGAUGGCAAGGAGCUUGAUGAUGAGCUCGAUGAUGAUGAUGAUGAUUGUGUAGAGGACGAGGAUGACUUGGAACAAGACGAUGAUGAUUUGGAUGAUAAUGUAGAUGAUGCAGAUGAUGAUGAUACACCACAUGUCGAUGUGGACGAUGACGAUAACAACGAUGUUAGUGCAGAUAGCUUUGCAUCAGUCGAUGAUGUUGCAAAUACAUUCCGUCCUGGUUUGAUAUCAUCCAUUCAUUCAGAUGCAUCAGAUGUAUCAUCCUCCUCCUCUGAAGCACCAAUCGUGUUGACCAAGACCUACAACAACAUCACAUCCACCCAAGAUAGCUUUGACAAAGUAGUCUCACUCAUUGACUCUGCAAAGGAUAUAGCAUCACAAAAGAGGAUAAUGUUAAAGAUGAUGUUGACUGAGAACUUUGUCAAUCAGAAUGGUACGGCGACAAUUGAUCAGAAUAAGUUGGCUUCGUUCGUGAGGAAUGUGGUGUCCGUGGAGUUGGAGAACCUCUCGCCAACACUCAUUCAAUCACAACGCUUCAAGGACUUCUUCCUGGAACACUACCGAACAGUUUUCAUGCAGGCCUUUGCAAUGACCAACGGCCUGAUACUGGACCCGCCCACGGGCACCGGUGCCGCGCUGCUGGGCGGCGUGGUCGGCAACCAGAUGGUGAUGACGCCGCUGGACAAUCGAUACCGCAAGGAGUUCACCGAGAUCUCGCGACUGGGCAGCGGUGGCUUUGGAACGGUGCAUCUAUCGCGCAACAACCUGGACAAUUGCAACUAUGCCGUCAAGAAGAUCAACUUUAGCGUCAGCCUCGGCUCGCAGAUGGUCAACACCAAGAUUGAAAAGGUGCUGCGCGAGGUCAAGGCUUUGGCGCGUCUCGACCACAAGAACAUCCUGCGAUACUAUCAUGCCUGGGUCGAGCUGAACACACAGCUACAGGCUGGCGGCGAUCUGUCCAACCAGUACAGCUCAGUCGAGGGCAGUAUGGAGACAGCAGAGAAUCUCUCGGCUGACUUUGACGAUGACGACGAUGACGACGAUGAUCUGCUGAGCGACUCCUCUGCCAUCAACGCUUCAGAGAAUCUGUUUGACGAUGACAGCUCUCGAGCUGUCGAGGAGCUCACGACGAAUAGCAAAGGUGGACCGGACAGCAGUCCCAACAGCAAUAACAAAUUGGUGCCAUAUGAUUCGCGAAUAGCAAAGACCAACAGCUACAACAAUCUCAGUCAACUGCUCACCUUGAACAAGUUGCCUAAGAUAAGGUACUCACUCUAUGUCCAGACACAACAUUGUGAAGGAAAGACACUUAGAGAGUGGCUAGACAAUCGUUCUGGCAUCAACAACAUCGGAAUCAGCAUCAGCAGUAGUACCAACAACAUGGACAACAACAUGCGCGCUCAAUCAAGACUGUCAAUAUUCAAACAGAUACUGUCUGGUUUGAAUUAUAUUCAUUCAAAGGGCAUGGUGCACAGGGACAUCAAGCCAGCCAACAUAUUCAUGACCAAGGAGUUGAUUGUAAAGAUUGGCGACUUUGGCCUGGUCAAGGACAUCCCACUGUCGACGAUGAAUGGCGUGGCGGGAGGCCUCCACGAGAACAUGAUGAAGGAACUCGGCAAUGUAAUGUUGGCCAACUCUAUAAACGGUGCCAACAACACACAUGGUAUUGGCACGCUGACCUACGCCAGUCCCGAGCAGAUCAAAGGCAAUGCCUACUCCAACAAAGUGGACAUCUACAGUCUUGGCAUCAUCCUAUUCGAACUACUCUAUGACUUUAACACAAUGUCAGAGAGGUCAGAGGUCAUAAGAAUGUUAAAGGAGGGUAUCAUACCGGAAGAGACACAGAGGAAGUAUAAGAAUGAGAGCAAGUUGAUAGGAAUGAUGUUGUCAUCUGACCCAAGUGUCAGACCAUCGACAGAGGAUAUCAUCAAGAAUUGGUUACCAAUUAUUAUGAGAUCAGAGGACACUACUACUACUCCAACACCUACUACUCCAACUGUCCAUGCUGCCAAAAAUGACAUUAAUGAUAACACGAGUGUAGUUGCCGACUAUCGAUCAAUGGACAUUGAAUCAUUGAUCAAGAUCAUACAAGACAGAGAUAGAAGGAUCAAGGAGUUGGAGAAGGAGGUAGUUGAUCUUAAAGGAAUCAAUGGUAGUCGUCCGUCAACAGACAGUAAGACAUGA